UAUACUUAGAAGCGGAAGCAUUGCCCAGUCGCCCGUUUCCGUCUUCCCAGUGCCUGUCUGCCAUUACUGCUCUGCUCGCCGGGUCUUGCAGGGUGUAACUGGUAUAACUGACAUAGUUUCUAAAAAAUCGAAGAUCGUUCAUACGGAACUGGUAGCGUGUCAGCAGAUUUUAUCCAACUUUCGCCGAGAUGUAUAACAACACUUAUUCCAAUAAUACCAGUUACAGACCCAGGGGCACUAGAGACUCUGGCAGUCGUAAUGGAGGGGGUACAUAUUGGAACAGUCAACAGCAAAAGGAUAAACCAAUGCAGAAGAAGCGGGUCCAAAGGAGAACACCUGGAGAUUCGUUGAAGAAGCCAUCUUGGGAUUUAAAUAAAUUGCCAGUGAUCACAAAAAAUUUAUAUAUUCCGCAUAUCAAUGUCUUAAAAAGGACCACCGAUGAAAUUUCUAAAUAUCACAUUGGUAAAGAGAUCACUGUAAAGGGGAACAAUACACCUUCUCCGAUUCAAGCGUUCGAAGAGAGUAACUUUCCGGAUUACGUGAUGGAAGAGAUUAGGAAACAGGGUUUUGCGGAACCGACAGCAAUCCAGGCACAGGGGUGGCCCAUUGCGCUCAGCGGACGCGAUUUGGUGGGAAUCGCCCAAACAGGAUCUGGAAAAACUCUAGCUUAUAUUUUACCAGCAACGGUACAUAUUAAUAAUCAGCCACGCUUAAAUCGGGGAGAUGGUCCGAUCGUUUUGAUACUCGCCCCAACAAGAGAGUUGGCUCAGCAAAUUCAGUCCGUUGCCAGGGACUUUGGUUCCUCCUCGUGCAUCCGUAAUACCUGCAUCUUCGGUGGUUCUCCGAAAGGACCACAGGCCCGCGACUUGGAACGCGGCGUCGAAAUAUGCAUCGCCACGCCCGGCAGACUAAUCGAUUUUCUCGAGAAAGGAACAACGAACUUGCGCAGAUGCACGUACCUCGUCCUGGACGAAGCCGACAGGAUGCUAGACAUGGGUUUCGAGCCACAAAUUCGCAAGAUCAUCGAGCAGAUCAGACCCGACAGACAGGUGUUGAUGUGGUCCGCGACAUGGCCGAAAGAAGUUCAAGCUUUGGCCGAAGAUUUCCUCACAGAUUACAUUCAGAUUAAUAUUGGUUCCUUGACGUUGGCGGCCAAUCAUAAUAUUCGACAGAUCAUAGAGAUUUGUCAGGAACAUGAGAAGGAAAUGAAAUUAUCGAAUCUCCUUAGAGAAAUCGGCAAGGAUCGCGGAAGUAAAAUGAUCAUUUUCGUUGAAACUAAGAAGAAGGUGGACGACAUUACCAAGACCAUCAAACGGGACGGUUGGCCAGCGAUUUCUAUCCACGGCGACAAAUCGCAGCCGGAAAGAGAUUACGUAUUGUCCGAAUUUAGAAACGGAAAAACAAUGAUCCUCGUUGCGACCGAUGUUGCUGCUCGUGGUUUGGACGUCGAAGAUGUGAAGUAUGUAAUCAAUUUCGAUUACCCGAACAGUUCCGAAGACUAUAUUCACCGAAUUGGAAGAACCGGACGUUGUCAAAGCGCAGGAACGGCAUACGCUUAUUUCACGCCUAACAACGCCAGACAAGCAAAAGAAUUGAUCUCUGUUCUCGAAGAAGCUGGUCAGGUGAUAAAUCCACAAUUAGCCGACCUGGCGAACUCCAUGAAAUCCGCUUAUGGAAAGGGCCGUCAACGUUGGAGCCACUCUCGCUCUAAUAAGGAUAGUAACUCGAGCGGUAGUCCAAGAAAUAACAGCAGCCCGUCUUCUAACAGUUGGCAGAAUCAACACAUUCAGAAUGUCCAGCAUAAUAAUAUGAACGGCCAAGAGAGAAGUCUUGUACGCCAGCAAAAUGGAUAUCAGAACAGCCGCCAAAACAGCUUCCAAUCUAAUUAUCAGCAGCAACAGCAACACCAGCAGCAGCAGCAACAACAACAUCAACGACAAUCAAGUACCUAUGCAAACGGCUGUCCGACCACGAGCAACAGUUAUCAGGCUGGCUAUCAGAAUGCUAGUAUACCGAGAUUCACCAGAACGAACACCUUCCAAGGGAAUCGCUACAACCGUCAAAACGCUUAUAAUGCUAAUCAGACAGCCGGUGGACAAGGCGUCUACUCGAUGCCACCUCCGUUCAUGAUGCCAUCCGGUGGCCACACUGAUUCUGGAAUGCAGAGUCUCGUUAACAACAAGUAUUUCCAGACGAAUCGUCCACCACCGAACACGGGCGCCUGCGCUUACCAAUCGAUGGGAUACAGCCAGUUCCAGGCUGUGCCGCCGUAUAGUUAUCCUUAUCCGCCUACACCGGUGCAGCAGUGACGCUUUACAAGGUGCAAGUCGGUAAGAGUGCAGGCUAAGUAAAAUGAUCAAUCUUUUCCUGUUUAUACAUAUAUCCAGACCCACUAAAUAUUUACGGUUUGUGUAGAAGUACUGGGUCGCUUUUGAAUAUAAUAAGUAACGUAAUGUUUCUUCUUUUCUUUGUCACUUAUUAUUUUUUUUGUUCUGGAAUGGUGCCAAUCACAUGUAGAGCAAAAUUAUUUAUGUUUCUUCGUGAAGUAAAAUACAAACAUAGAAUUAAUAAUUUAUCAUUCGAUCGGGAAAUAUGAAUACUUACGUCAGAAUAUCCAUUUCAAAUAUAAGAGAAAUUAAUCGUCGAGCGUCCUUAAAUUCUCGGGGGCACAUUCCAGUCGAGUUUUUUUCAAGUAGCUGUAGUUGUUAGCAAUGGUACAUUGGUAUAAUCAUUACUGGAUGUAGAAUGUGACCAGCAAAUAUAGGCUUAUAACCAUUGGUCAUAUCUUUUCAAAAAUAAUUAAUCUUCUUGCGAUAAAAAAAAAACUAUAUAUACGUCAUUUAAUGCUUUUCCGAAAUGCACGAAACGUAUAGAAGGGGGGUGGGUUAUCGUUCUCAUAUUUGAUAAUUUAUUUAUAUUUUGCAUAUAUAUAUAUAUAAAUACGUAUGUACAGGCAACGCUCUUCAAAAUGUAAGGCCUUUUGCAUAAAAAUUAAGCCGUACACACCCGUUUUUACAAAAAAAGCGCACGACGAAUACAUUAAGAAAACAUCGUGUGUGUGUCCUCUGCUCUGUAAAACGAGUCCGGGUGAAUUGUGUCUCUUCGAUAUAAUAAGGGGCGAAAGAGAAAUAAGUAUCUCGACAUCAAAAUUAAACUUUGAUGCAGAAUAAGAAAAGAGGAAAGAACAGCAUAAUUAAUAUAGCGUACCAAAAGUGAGUACUUCGAGAUCUAUCCUGGACCCGGUGUUUUUUGGAACGAUUCCAAGCGAGUGAAACCGGUUAAAAUAAGGGGAAAGAGAAAGGAAAACUUGGGGCUUCUAGGGGACAACUUAAAUUAAGCAUGUAGUCACAAUGGCUGUGUACCUUGGCGCAAAGUUUGAUACCUUAUUUUUAUAAUAUAUAUCAAAAGUAAUUUGUUGUUAAACCAACGACGAAUGAUUAUACGAAGAUAGAGAAAAAAACGUAAGAGAAACAUUGUUGUUUGAUGUUUAUGCAAUUGGCCACUGAGUGGUCUUGGCCUUGCGCGCCUGAUAUAUAAGGUGCUCUCGCAGGCUGGCCGCGAAUCGAAUAUAAAAAAUGAGAGAAAUUUAGUUGUACCUGUUUUUUAGUUCGCGCUCAAUCGAAAUUCUUGCUAUUUUUUAAGGGAACGAUUCAAGACUAUCCGAGAGACAAUUUUUCUAACAAUCCAUAUGUGUUGUGUAUAUAUCGUUACGGCCAUUCCGAAAAAAAUGCGACUCUCGUAGGAAAAAAUUUUUUGCGUGAGAGGAAAGGUGUGAACGAAAAAAAACGAAGCCACGAUUUCAUGCCGCGUGUGAAUCAGGCACGUUAUCGUUUAUCGACAGCGCAUAGCGAUUUUUUGCGGGCCUCCAGAUUAUACUCUGUACACGUCACUACUCGAAUAAACGAAUAGCAAAGAUAACUUAAACGAGUAAAGAAAUCAACAGAGAAGAAUGCAAAACUCGAAUAAUAAAACAAAAUCUCGAGCAAAGGACUUUGUUUGCGAACGACAUAUAUUAUUGUGAUAAUUAUACGUAACGCUUUCGUGAAACGGUCUCACAGUUCGUUACUUAAUUACGCACAGUAGAGGAUGUUGUUAAGCAGUACGUGUGCACAUUACCACAAUUUUCCAGAUGAAUUCAGGAAAACCGCGUCACACACAUACUUCAAGCGGGCAUUUACGCAUUGCUCGACGAGAGAGAGGUUUCGAUGAGAAACUCUGUUGAUUCCGUUUCUAGAUUUCCACGGUGGUAUAGUCAUCGUUUAUAUUCUUCUUUCCCUGUACCGAUUGUAUUCGGACAAUUUCGAAACGCCUGAUAGCGAACAGAAUUUUAGGCAUUCAUCGUAUAUUGUUGUCUUUGCCCUUUCGAACAUUCUGAAUGCUAACAUUGAUCUGACUGCAACACGUUUCGCGUCAGAAUGAAUAGUGAUAUAAUAAUAGGAAGCGUAUGCUACGAGUAUUGGACAAUUCUGAAUACUCAUAUAUUGCGUACGCCCUCUAAUAAAUCAUCCUACUGCUCUAAAUUCGUUCUUCAUGCUCGCAUUUUCGGUUGCUGUUCAUCAGGGAAACUUAUAAUUUCAUUCUACUUUCGCUUCUUCUUGAAAUUGUCUACCACGUAGACUUUAUCAAAUAGCACACUGUCAUUGGUUUGCUACAUUCUUCCAUGGAAUUACACUGCAAGCGAAGCGUAGCUUCAUGCAUUUAUCAAUUAUCCAGAGGCUUUCUUAUGGAUGCACAUGUAGCUGUUAUAGUGAUUUAACUACUUUCGAGUAUUUAAGCAAGUCUCGAAAUUGCAACCCUUUGAGCUGUACCGCAUUCGUUUCCUAAAACUAUAAGCGAUGCGAAGGUGAAUAAAAAUAACCGUUGAAUAUGCAUAUUUAUCAAAACUGAAUUUCCCUACGCAUAGUAUCUAUAAUUUGUUAACAGUGUUCAUGUUAAAUUUGGCUCGGGGUAGAAAUGGUUAGGGGAGCAAAGGGUUAAAUAAUUUUUAUAUUUCAUUUGACAAAACGUAACGAACGUAAAGCGUAAACGAAACACUUCUCAGUUUCCCAAGCAAAGAGGAGAAUAAAAACAAGCGCAGCUUGCAUUCUGAAAAUUGAUAGUGGGUGUACGCGUAGCUCUGUGAUAUGUAAAACGUAGCAUAUUUAUAGAUCUACCUAUCGUACAUCAUGAUUAAAGUAAGGAACGUAUCUUAUCAGUUUUAUACACGUGGUAUGCAAAUCUAAAUAAAUGACGUGUACUGCGAGAGCUCGCCGUCUAUUUUAAGGAGAGAGGAACGAAACUUGUUGGAAAAGCGAAAGAGAUCAGUAUUCAUUUUAUUUAAUUUCUUUUUUGUGUUUGCCGUACGAAUUUAUAUAUCGUCGUGGUUGAGAGCAAGAAAGGGAGGGAUUUAGAGGAUGAGAAAGCGUGUAUUUCUGUUCGUUUGUUAUGUUCAUCCGUGUAUCUGAGAAUUUUUGUUUUCAUUAACAUAGUUCGAUAAAUUCAUUUCGUGAAUGGGUAUAAAAGCGUAGACGGGAUGUUCUUCAUUUUUCUUCUCUUCAUAUAUCGUGAAACUGUAUUUUCAUCUUUUUCGUUUGUACGAUUGUCUGUAUAAUCUUCUCAUAUUUGCGUGUUCGUCGCUAACAGAGGAGUCUACGGAAUCUAGUGCUCUGAUCCAAGUCUUUUUGUUCUUUUUCUUUUUUUUACUUGCGUGAACGAACAAUCAUUGUAAAUCUUAUGUUCGUAUGUAAUCGUACUGGGUACAGCGUCGCGUCGUGGGGAAUUGUUAAACGUUAAGCGUGUACCUUUUCCGCGUAAUAGAACAUGCGGUAGUUCACGUUUUUAUGAAGCGAAGUCGUGCGUCUUCAGUACUAGCCGACGAGCUUCGUCCUCGUUUUUUUUUGUAUUAUAUAAUAUUCCGUUCCGCUGUGCUGCUAGAAGACGUCCAUUCAAUACCGUACAUUUUUAACGUAAACUCGAAACGAGAUCAGUCGUCUUUAGUUGAUAACGAAAGAUUCCCCGCAAUGAGAGCAAAAAUCCUAUCACUCUUGUUCGAAAUAAGCGAGAGCAAAGGGAAAGUGUAGCGUGUUCAAGAAGAAAUUUUGAACUCUCGAAUGCUAAUGUCUUGACCGAUAUAAUUCCAGUGUACAUAAACAUAUUUCGAUAUCAGUUUCCAAUACCGAUUGUAAACUAUCAAUGGAAAAGGGAAAUAGAUUUCGACACAAGCUUUAUUAUCAAUUAGGCUUUACGUUUGUUAACACUAGAACUACUAAAGUGCAUUUGUAUGUACUUGCAUCAAAGGGAAAAAAGUAAUAACUUCGACAAAAUAAAUAACGUAAGAGAUGCUUCUCAUACUUUUACGUCCAAGAAAACGUGAAUCUAUGGAUGACACAAUAAUAGACAAUUGCACAUUCUAAUAAUGUAAUUGAAAGGAAGUAAGAAUAGAGGAUCUCCAAAUUUUUUUAAAAUUCCAUUGGUAAAUUUGGAAUAAGUAAAUUGUUUUAGUGGUUCUAGUGUUAUUUGAAAAAAAAAAUAUAUUUUCGUGGAAGUUUCACGCUUGUACGAAACACCCUUUCGUCCCGGUUAUUAUGUUCGAUCGAUCGUUCGGACCUGCAAUUUUAUUAUUUAUUCGCGUGUUAAUCUAUGUUCGACAAAGGAAAAUAAAAAGGUCAAGAGAAACGAUAAUUGGCACGGUUCUUCGCGCUGUAAAGAGUUGACGCAAUUGUCAGCGUCAGUAUCGUAUAACGUAGCGUGCUGAAAAUCGUUGACGACACUCAACUAAAUAAUAGCCUCGGGAACAUGAGUACCUUUUUAAUGAUUAAUGCUGAACGCUGUGAUAAUCGCGUACAUAAACAUUUUUAUUAUUAUAAACGUAAAUGUGCAUAUUGUAAUGUUAAAAAGAAGAAAAAAGUAAGAAGAGUACUAUUCUCCUUUAUAUGUGAAGACUGAAUCUCGCCAACUUAUACACAAGGUUUAGCAGCCGCAGAUACAUUUCGUAUACUGUGUAGAACUACAGAUAGACUAUUUGUACAUUAUUAAUUAUAAACAAUAUGUUUUUGCGUAUGGAUAGUGCCGUACGGGGACGGUACUAUUAUGUUGAUAGCUCGAUAACGGGUGCGUGAUCGAAUUUUGCAUUUUUUUAUUACUCAGAGUCGAACAUCUCUGGCGUAUAGAGUGACGGAAGAUCCGCCAGACUUUUCGCGUUUACUUUCCGCGGAGGGGUUGGAAUAGUCGCACGAAUCUGGUUUCCCACUGGGCUUUUGUUUGAUCUUCGUUUCUCGCAAUUCUUCGUCUGAUUCGAAUCGGAGUGCGAUUCGGUUCGAAGCAAAUCGAAUGAAACUCGUUAACUUGGUUCGUCAACGAUCGCUUGCCACGUUUGUUGCUUUCGGUUUAUUCGUAGAUCGUUCGUGAAAAGGAACAUUACAGUAACAACAACAACAACAACACAAUCCGUUUCAUGGUAGUUCCUAUAUUGCAUUCUUCUUUGUGAACGUGAAUGAAUUGCAGCUUAAACUUUGCUAAAAUGAGUCGAGGAAUUUCUCAUGACAUUCUUCCUUGCGCCGUUCUAGUUUUCGGUUGAAAUGAAACUUGCGAAUAAUUUUAUUGUCGUAGUCGCAUGUACGCAUCGCUAAGUUUUCGUAUUACGACCGCGUCCCGAUUGUCGCUGUAAUUUUACUAUCGUCCGCAAAUUAAGGGAGAAAUGUACUAAAAAAAUUAUUGAUCGCUCCUAAACAAUGAUUGGAGUCGUGGAUCAAUCGUACGCGCGUGAAGAGUACAUUUUUCUUUCAGCAAAUAUUUAGUCUUGAAAUGAAUGGAGAACCAAGUACGACACAUCGAGAUUAAAUUUUUCGGAGGAAGCGAAUUAUUGUAACAGCGCCUUCGUUUACUUGUUCGUAAUAUUGUGUUUGUUUUCUUUAAUUAAAGUUCGAGAUAAGCGUAACCGAUAAUUAUUCUUUACCAGAAGUUAUAUCUUGCGUCGUAUGUGAAGAUAUCGUUUCUUUUCCUUUUCUUUACGACAGAAAAUAAAUUCAAUUUGUUCCUAACAGCGAGCGUAAACUUGUUACGAACUGCAGCAAAAUUUACUGUUAAGAAACGUUGGAACUUUGAUGCAGUUAGGAUUCAUACACUUACCUUUGUUCUUUUGUUUUAAAUUAAUAAUGCGUCUCGUAAUGAUGGUACAUGUUUAAGCCUGGGCUAUAUUUAAAAUGCAAAUGAUAUCUUCGAUUGGUAAUUGAUGUGUACUGAUGUGAGACAUACGAAUUAACAAGGUCUACAUAUAUGUAUCGCCUAAACUUUCAUGAUUCUAUUAAAAAGCUAAAUGUGUACUAAGAUAUGCAUUGAUCAGUUAGUGAGUGCACGGAAUAGUUUUCAAUAUCAUAAUGUGUACAACAUGUUGAAGGAUACAGUGCGUACAUCCGUUUUCUGAAGUAUUAUAUUUUACGUAUACCCUGUUUUUUGAAAUUGCUUGUUGAAUAAUCGACUUAAUUAUGAAAAAAAAAUAUAUGUUUCUUUUUUUUUUACAUAGGCGUUUAACCCUUUUGCUAAGGAUACAAAUUGUUACAAUUAUUUCUUGUUCGUCGAGGAGCCAAAGGUUCAUUGAUAAGCAACUUACAAUAACGAAACUUAUUGAUAAAAAUAUGUGGUCCACUGAAAGCAACCAUAUCACGUUUCACUCGUCAAACGCUACCUUAUUAAUGAUUUCGAUUUUAUGUAAAUAGUUUAAAGAAGUACAUCGAUAUUCCAUUUUAUCCACGAUGGAAUGAUUUACAUGUAAAAGAUGUCUGUUCAGUCUAUCAGCGAAAGGGUUAAAUUUAUCACACCAAAACACCAUGUCACUUACUAUUAAUAAUCUUUUGGUAUGACCGAUCAGAUUUCUUCAUCGUUUUCAGAAUAGUAAAACAUACAAAUCCGUCGUACCUCGUCUUUCUGAAAACGCAUGAUAUUUUAUAUCCAAAAAGUAACUUCGAACAUAUUUUUGGAGUCUAAAAUUUUUCACGCGACAGUUUCAUCUAUACGAGCAUGAUUUUACGUGGAUCAUCGUAUAAGUACUACGCGCUUAUUUCUUCAAACGUAUCGCGGAAACGGAAAAACGAACGAUAAAAAAUGAUGAUCCUCUCGUUCGAGAACGUGAAGCAUCAAGACAAAGUUUCGAGAAAUGAUAAAAAAAAAAGUGAUGUUAUAGGAAUUAUCGUCGCGAGGGAAACGCAAUUACAGCACGGUAGACUUCCUGUUGUUGUAAUAGUUCACCUGUUAAUGGGUCUGUUUUGAACGCGCAUUAGAGAAGAAGAAAGAACGGUAAAGAGAUUAAAGAAGGGGGUAGUUUGAAAAACGCUAAGGAAAUUAUAAUAAAUUGCGGGAUGGACAUGAGAAUCAUUGAUAAUUUAGCACGUGUAAUUUUAGUCGUUUCUACGAGACCAGAAGAGUUAACAGAAAGUUCAGACCGCCACUGGUGUCGGGAGAAAAGUGUACAUUAAAAAGAGAAAAAAAUGAUAAUACAAAUAAGUAAUCUAUUAUUACGGCUUCAUUGAACAUCGCGCCUUACAAUGUGAAAGAGCUCGGCCGCAACUGGUCAUCCGAACGGGGCGUGUACGCAAGAUUCGCGGACACGCUCAGGUCCAAAAGGAUAAAACGAAAACCACUCGUCGGUCGUUCUCGAGUAAAUUUUAAGAUGAGCGUUCGCCUAAAAUUGUUCGAACUGCAGCACAGAAAGACGGCAUACAAUACAAUUGAUAAUUAUAUUAUUGUAGAGCAUCCGAACGCAGCAUGCAAGAAUAUAUAUAUUUGCGUCAAUGUUGUGCGUAAAACUACAUUUGUCAUUUCUUUAUAAUGCAUGUAUACAUGUAACUCGUGUCUGUAUACAUUUACAUAUAGAAACGAUUUUAAGAAAGGAUAUUCUAGUCGAACAAUGCUGUCCGUCAAUAAUAAUGAAGACCUGUCUCAGUGUCUGGUAUCUUUUUAAAGUUGCUGAAGAACGAAGAAACCGAAAUUUUUUCUGAUACUUAAGCAGAAUAUUAGAGCCUUGUGCCACAGUAACGAAGACAUAAAAGGAUCUGUGCUUCAAGUUUCGUAGCUUUUAAUUUGGACAGCGUUGCUUCGAACCAGGUGAAAAGAAACUAUAGAAUAUUCUUCGCAAGUAAACUAAAACGAUCGCUUAUCACAUUAUUAACAGAUUCACUGCUGCCUUGUACAUUUGAUAAUUUACUUCCAGACUAAAUACGUAACGAGAUAAAUUUAAAACGAGUAGAUUCGUCGUAAAAACUCUGGCAGUGAGUGUGUUAAAGAUGACAAGUAAUCUAGUCGAAAUUAUUCUGUCGUUAAUUAUUGUGGCCGUUGAUGGGUGUAAAGAUAUAUCGGAACGAGUAUCUUUUAAUAUUGAAUUAAUUCUUUAAGCUGCGUCACAGGUAAUUUUUGAAUGGAUAAAUUACAGUAAAUAAUUAAAUAAUACAGUAUUAUCUUUAGAAUUUUGACGCAAAACAAACAAAAAAAGCAGAAGACCAGUGUUAAUGUACGCAAAUGGAAAUGUAAUUUGUAUAAAUGUCGUUAUUUUUUUGUUGCUUUUUGUCGUUCCUCUGUUAUCGAUGAAUUAGAUGAUCCGUGUAAGUCGUUUUACUGCAGUUUUCACGACCAAAGAGAGGCAUAACGCGAAAAUAAUGGCUUAUUUUUCUUCCUCCUUUGACCAUGACACUACUUUCGAAGGCGGAAAGUAAAUGGAUCGCGUAUACGUCGCGAGUCUUCUAUGUAUUUUAUCUGCAAUUCUCAAUGAGUGAUAAAAUACAAGUGACGUUUGUUAAAGAUACCUUAGAAAUAAUUACUUUAUGAGUCGCUCCUGUUUAAAUACGAUUUAUGGUUUUCCGAUGUAGAGAGAAGAGGGAAAAAUUGCGUACACAAAUUAUUUAUAUAAGGCAGCGUACAAGGCGAACAAUUUAAGGAAAAACAAACAAUGGCGUAAAUGAUGUUAAGGAAUAUUUCUGUAUUCAGAUUCUCUUCUGUAGGUUUCAUUAAAGUGCAUUUCUUGUAUGUUACACAGUAUUAUGGUAGAAUGUAAGAAAAUAAAUACUGCAAUAAAAAUGUUUGUUUCUCUGUCA